AUGGAUUUCAGUCUCAAUUUCCAGAGCCUGCACGAUAGGUUGAACCUAGCAGAGCUAGACCUUCUCCUUCUUCAGAUAGGCACAACACUGUCAUUCACAGAAGGUCCAAAUCGCGGGCUCCGAAAGGAGCCAGAUGCUUUUCUUCACACCCCAUCGCAGGCCUUUCCAACUCUUGUCGCAGAGGUUGGAUGGAGCGAGUCGUAUAAUGACUGUUACCCACGAGAGGAAUAA